CUUUAAAAUACCAUCAUGGGUGCUGAACAAUCAAUUCCUCGUCAACAAUCUGUUAUGAAUGAAAAAAACAACAAUGACUAUACUCAACGACAACAAGAUCAACAAUUAUUGGCAUCUUUGAAGAAACUGAAUCUCAAUGACAGCGGUAGUGCUGACUUGACCAGUGGUACGUUGGACAAGUAUACCAAUUCAUUUUGGAAAGACCAUAAGAACGCGUUGGCAAUGAAUGCUCUUGUUUCAAAUGAUCCUAGUGAUGUCUUCGUCGAUCCUGCUGUAUCAAAGAAAGAUACUCAUGUCUUUAACGUCAAAUUAGACUUGGAAGGUGCUAUUACCAAUCAAAAACAAUCUGGUCGUUGUUGGUUAUUCGCUGGUACCAAUGUACUCAGAUUAGCUGUGAUCAACAAAUACAAGCUCAAGGAUGAUUUUGAACUGAGUCAAAGUUACCUCUUCUUUUAUGACAAACUAGAAAAGGCCAAUUGGUUCCUUGAAAAUAUGAUUGAUUUGGCUCACAAGGAUAUCUCGGAUCGUGUUGUACAAUAUUUACUUUCUUCUCCUGUAGGUGAUGGAGGACAAUGGGAUAUGUUUGUCAAUGUUGUGUCCAAAUAUGGUGUGGUACCUAAAAGUGAAUAUCCUGAAACAUUUGCUUCCUCUUCCUCUUCAAGACUUAACUGGUUAGUUACUGUGAAACUUCGGGAAUUCGCCACUCAAAUUCGAAAAGCUGUAGUCGAAGGUGUCUCUAUCAAUUCUGUUCGUCUUUUGAAAAAAGAUAUGUUGGAAGAUAUUCAUCGUAUCAUGGUCAUUUUCUUGGGUGAACCCCCAAAGUCAUUUGAUUGGGAAGCUACUGAUAAGGAUGGCAAGUUUGUCUCUGUACGAAAUCUUACUCCUCAAAAGUUCUUCAAGGAUAUCGUUGGGUACAAGUUGGAGGAUACAUUAUCUUUGAUUAACGAUCCCCGUAAUCAUUAUUCCAGGUUAUACACUGUAGACCGUUUAGGCAAUGUGGUUGGAGGAAAUCCUAUUCGAUAUAUCAACACGGACAUCGAACUGAUCAAACAAUUAGCUAUCAAGGUACUCAAGUCUGGCAAGCCUGUUUGGUUUGGAUGUGAUGUGGGACAAUUCAACAGUCGCAAGCAUGCCGCCAUGGAUCUUGACAUUCACAGUUAUGAACUGGCCUUCAAUGUGGAUUUCAAAUUGUCCAAGAAGGAUCGUAUUCUCUAUGGUGAAUCGGCCAUGACGCACGCUAUGGUCUUUACCGGUGUUCAUCUGGAUGAAGAUGGCAAGUCUGUUCGCUGGCGGGUAGAAAAUUCAUGGGGUGACAGCUCAGGUGACAAGGGUUAUUGGAUCAUGCAAGAUAGUUGGUUCUCUGAAUUUGUCUAUCAAGUUGUAUUGGAAAAGAAUGUUAUACCUUCUUCUUUAGUAGAUUUGCUGAAAACAGAAGCUAUUAUUCUUCCUGCUUAUGAUCCCAUGGGCGCUUUGGCUUGAUUAUUUUGAUUUCCAUUAUUUAUGUUUAUUUCAAAUAAAACUUGUUGAUGACAACUUUA